AUGCCAAGAGGCAUUUUCACCUUUAUUCGUCUUUUUGUGCUCUGCCUCAGUUUCUUCACUGUCUGUCUGGGAGCCCUUUGUGUUUCAGUAAGUUCUUCCAUAUGUAGAUGUGGAAAUAUCUAGCUCAUUUUUUACUGCCUAUUAGGUUUGGGAUUCUUUCUCCUUGUGACUGGCAUUUUCUGGAGCACUUUCCAUGAAGUCUGGAAAUGCAGGGGCCUCAGCAACACCUUCAAUCGACCUCGCAGCUAUAGAGAGCACUAUGUCAGCACUAUAGACAGGUCUGACUUCUAUCCCCCCUUCUAUGAAGACAACACAGAUCCUGAAGAUCCUGAAAAACAGAGCUCCCUGCUGCCAGAUGCCCCUAUACUAAAGUAGCAAGAAGUCACCAAUAUCCCCCCACCUCUGUAUAGUGGCAGUGGGGUUCAUCAAACUGAGAGGCAGGAGCAGCCACUGCCAUAGGAAUCAUCCAUGCAGCAGCAAGCAAACAGCUGACCAACACAGACCAGAGUGGAGCCACAUUCUGAUCCAUCCACAAAGGGUGAGAGUUACCAACAGCACACAGACUGCCAGGGGACUUCAGAAAGAGCAACACCUGUCACAACAACUGAGACAGGCGGUGAGAAAAAUCCGGCAUCGUGA